GGGUCUGAAUACAUUCUGAAGGCACUGUAAAUAAUAUAUUUGUAGCCAUUGAAGGAGAUGACAAGUGUCCAGACUUUGUUCCAUACCAGCCUGGAGUUUCACACCUGCGUCCUUAUUGUGCUUGAUCAACUGCUCAUGUAAAUGUUGGAAUGGAAUUUAUUACCAAGAUAAGUAUUUGUAUUAUGAGUAUAAUUUCACUUCAAAUGUGUGUCAUACAUUUUCUACAAAUCUCAUAUUAGUUGUCAUAAUAAAUGUGAGCUGGGUUGUCAUUAUGCAUUCACAUGUCAAAAUAUGUCAUAGUACUUACGGUCAUUGAUUGAGACACCAUAGUCAUUUGUGGGUUGAUAUUGUAUAUAGCAUAAUUUCUGGUCCAUAUCCUUAACCACUAUCAAACAGAACAGCUGCAUACAGAGAAUCAGACGAUGUGAGUAUUAUUGUCUCAUGACACUGUCAAACAUGUUAUUUCCUCAUAUUCUAUAAUUAACAAGUGACCAUGUGUUGAACAAACACUCUCUCUCUUUAGUACCUUUUCUUAGAUGGCAAAACCCUGACUUCGACGGACCUGGUGAAUUUAGGAAGGGGUAUGUACAAGAUUAAGGUCCUGGAUUUCUUGGCUAUAGGUGUGUAUGAGCUGGCAACCAUCAGUCAGAGGAGGAUUGAGCGGCUGUGUAACCCCACUCUCAGUGAGCUGCCAGCCUUCCUAGUCAACGGAUUCAUGAUCGCACACUGCACCGCCACUUCCCUGGUUUCAGAGAACAAGGUGCUGUGCCACCCGUCUUCAGUGGAUUUCCUGUCCACAGAGGACCACGUGUCCAUGGGAGGCUGGGCUGCUAGAAAGGCCUUGAGGGUAGUGGAACAAGGUCCAUGAAUGGUACAUCCCCCCCCCCGAGCUGCUAGCUGCCUGCCAGGGCAUCGUGUUCCUCCACCCCCUGCGUACCACAACACCAUUGGAGAAGGUCUAUGACCUUGUACACAGCGUAGUCAAAUCCUGGAUCAAGGAUAGGUUCAUGUCACCAGACAUUGAUGCUGUCCAUCGUCUUCUUCUAGACCAGAAGGAAAGUGUGGAACGUGGCUCAGCCAUACAUUGAGAAGUAUAACAUGGAGUUCCUUCCUGAGUCCCACCCCAUCUCUCCUACUGCUUUCUCAUUGGAUCCCCCGGCAUCACCACGGAAACGAGACCGCCUCGAGUGAAAUCAUCGUCAAUAUCAUCUUUGUUACAGUUCAUAUAAGGAAAUCAGUCAAUUGAAAUAAAUUCAAUAUGGAUUUCACGACUGGC